AUGGAGCUGGACACAUCUGCAGUGUCUGUAAUUUCCACGACUGUCUACAAUGAGCACUUCAAGGCUAUCAAUCUGAAGGAAACAAAUGUGUUGCUGAAGACAUACUCGGUUGCUACCCCGGUGGAGGAGAGCGAUGAGAARGUUAUCGUAGGGUAUGAGUGCCCGGCCCACUCCAUGCCCUUCRAAGUGUGUCUGAACACUGGCUACCACUUCUGCUGUGGCUCCCUGAUCUCCAGCCAGUGGGUGGUGUCUGCUGCCCACUGCCACAAGUCCCAUGUCCAGACUGUGGCCCUGCCCUCCCGCUACCCCCAGGCYGUCGACAACUGCCUGGUGUCCGGCUGGGGCAACACCAUCCCCAACGGAAGUGAGAGGCUGGGAGCUAAAGACAGCUUCCCUACUAAACUGCAGUGCCUGAGACAGCCCAUCAUCGAUCACAGAAUCUGCGAGAAUGAGAAUCUGUUCACAGAGAACAUGGCCCGCAUUCAUGCACGGAGGAGUCAGCAGCUGUCACUUAGUCGACAUAAACCACAGAGAAAAUGGGGGUUGAGAAUGAUACCGAAAUAAGACUGUUUGACUAUACUGUCAAGUUCCUGCUUUCAUUCCUCAUCCCCUCUUUCCCACUUGUAUUGAUAAAAUUCUCUAACCAUCUACGCAUCUUCUCAACACUCUCCUUUAGAUCUUGCUAGAGUUACAGUAUUCUGUCUCCUGGGAAUAUUCACUUUGUAUCUUUCUGUGUUCGUGUCUAUGUGUGAGUGUGCGCAAGGUGAUUCUGGUGGCCCCCUGGUGUGUAAUGGUCAGCUGUAGGGUGUGGUGUCCUGGGGUUACAAGUGUGCCCAGGAGGGACACCCUAGUCUCUACGCCCGCGUUUGCCAAUAGAACAUCUGGAUCAGCGAUAUUAUGAGCAACAACUAAACACACACACACACACACACACAAGCCAGUGGAGGCCUGCUGAGGGGAGGACAGCUCAACAUAUUGGCUGGAAUGGAGUAAGUGGAAUGGUAUCAAACACGUGUUUGAUCCUAUUCCAUUCACUCCAUUCCAGGCAUUAUUAUUAAGCCUGGUGACAUACACAGUGUUGAACACACACACAAAUGUACAGUAAUGCUCACACACUCAUUCAAGGUCACACUACAAUUUUUUAGGUUAGGGUUAAUUUUAGGCAUUAACCCCCCGAAAUCUUAAUGUUAGGUAUUAACUCCCCCCCAAAAAUGUGUUGUUUUAUUUUUAAACAUUUUAUUUAACCUUUAUUUAACUAGGCAAGUCAGUUAAGAGCAAAUUCUUAUUUACAAUGAYGGCCUAGGAACAACUUGGCUACCUGCCGCCCCAGGUUAAGGUAAUGGUUUCUGGAUAGGCUUUCUUUUUUUUUACUAUUAAAAAAACGUUCUAUCGCUAAACAGCCCUAAACCAUUUCCCMUGCAAUGUCAAUGCGGUUUCUAAACUAACCCCUGUGUAAUAUAAUUCUGUCCACUGGUUGGUUUUGCGGCGCUAGUCUGAUUUCCCACUGUAAACAGGUAGAGGUGCAUAUUUCCUAACCUGGCAGAAGUCACUGAGCUAGCAAGCUAAUGUUAACUAGUGAGUCACAGAAAUGUACGUUCAGCAUGUUCAUUAUUUCAGUCCAGUUGGAGUUAUCUUACUGUAAUAGCAUGGCAUAACAGAAUUUAUUUAGUUUUUGAACAAAAGCAGACUGGUGUGAUGAGCGAAGUCGAUCCGGUGGAAUACGAGCACUUAUUUCAGAGAGCACUCCAUAAGCCACGMCCCAGUGGGCAGAGGUAUGGAGCCAGWUAGCUGCCAAAAGKUUGAACGUACGUAUCGUUAAGAUUGUAAGAAAAUCCAWACGUAAAUUGUUAGGAUCGUAAAUUGUUAGGAUCGUAAAGAAAAGCAAUGCGUGAUACAUGUAACAUAACCGUUAAAUUAGAUMUGUGAACUUAUAAAMCCUAUAUUACAACUAUGWAUGAACAUUUACAYGUUCAAUUCUAACUUKACAUUUCCCUUUUCCCGGUCACAGUUCUUUUUUAUACAUACAAACUUUUGUCAGGAAUGCGGCAUCUGCAAAGGAAUGAACUGAACAUAGCUAUUUGAAGUUAGCGAGUCAAUCAAGUAACUCUAGCCCAGAGUUGCUUUGCAGCUUCUGGUUUCAUUUCCAAAAUAAAAGUCGAGAGCUUGUUUUAGAAUAACAGUAACUACGUUACACCAGUAGAUGGCGUAGUAUAGGCUUGGGCCUUCAGCAAAUGACUUGUGUGAGAAUGAUACUAUAAAGACACAGAWAAACCUUGUCUAGAAUAACCGCCUGAGCUGCAAAAUAGAAACUAAAUAUGAUUUAGGCUCGGCCUAUUCCACUAUCUAAAUGUGCCAUGCGUUGGUGUUAUUUAAUGGCCAUUUAAUUACAUCAUUUAUUUUUAUAGCCGCGUUGGGCUACUAUGKUGAUCAUGUAACCUAAUGAAUUACAUUUUUCCAGUAUUUGAGAGCACGGACUGUAGGCCUUAUAUUAGGCAUUUUGACUGUUGUAUUUGCGAUUUCCACUCUGUAUGUAGGCUUGUUAUAGCCAUUUGCGUUGCAAAACCCUAUUACACAGAGGCUAUAUCCAUAUCAAUAAAUGAGACAAAACAAAAUAUUGAUUAUAUCUUGGCUAUAACCUGUCCUGAGCUAAAUAGCCAACGGGUGCCAAAUGAUCAAGACUAUCUAUAGCCUAUUCUUAUUGCCAGAUUUGUUUUCCCUAACCGCCACUGCAUGUGCUUCUUCAACUAUUUUGUUUUAAAUGUAUUUAGAUGCCUGUGAGCUAGGGUCUCUUUUUAAGAGGAUAUAAUAAAUAUAAUUUAAAAAAUCACAAAUGGAGUUCUAAAAUUAUUCCACAAGACACCAGUACCCAAAAUGAUAGCCUAAAUUGCAAUUCCUACAAGUUGAAGGCCUAUUUUUUUUACUUGGAUAGGCAAAAAAAACGUUGGAAAAUUAAGAUAAUGUCAAUAAACAAAUGGAUAAGACUGUUCUAUUCUCUUUGAUUURGUUCCUAUUUCAACUCAGACAAAUGACAGAAUGGAUGACACACUGACUGACUGAACUGAAUGAAGGAUGAAUUAAAUGUUCAAAUAUGUUUGAAUGA